CGCUCGGGAACACGUGCGAGCAAUUGGCUCCGGGGUAGACCGGGUGUUAGCUUGCUCACCGAUCGAUCACUUGAAUCGCGGACAGUGCCGAGAACGCAACGCACAAUACUCCCCGUUGCUUGGUUUGUGGCCCUGCUGUUCUUCGAGUCAAGAGCUCCCGGCGCUCGUUUUCCAUCUCCAGCCAGCACUCAAUCUUCCAACAACGAAAAUGACGAAACCAGCGUACAAAGUUGCCGACAUCGCGUUGGCCGAGUUUGGACGCAAAGAGAUCAUUCUUGCCGAAAACGAAAUGCCGGGCCUGAUGGCUUGCCGGCAAAAAUACGGCCCUUCCAAGGUGCUGAAGGGGGCCCGCAUCGCCGGUUGCCUGCACAUGACCAUCCAGACGGCCGUCCUCAUCGAGACGCUGAUAGAGCUGGGCGCAGAGGUCCAGUGGAGCAGCUGCAACAUUUUCAGCACGCAAGACCACGCGGCCGCCGCCAUGGCCAAGGCCGGUGUGCCGGUGUACGCGUGGAAGGGCGAAACGGAUGAGGAGUACCUGUGGUGCAUCCGGCAAACGCUCGUCUUCCCGGACGGCAAGCCGCUCAACCUGAUCCUGGACGAUGGCGGCGAUCUGACGAACCUGGUGCAUACCGAGCACACGGAGCUGCUGAAGGAGAUCCGCGGGCUGAGCGAGGAAACGACGACCGGGGUCCACAACCUGUACAAAAUGUUCCGCGAGGGCCGUCUCGGCAUGCCGGCGAUCAACGUGAACGACUCCGUGACCAAGAGCAAGUUCGACAAUCUGUACGGCUGCCGGGAAUCGCUGCUGGACGGCAUCAAGCGGGCGACCGAUGUGAUGAUCGCCGGCAAGGUGUGCGUCGUGGCCGGGUACGGGGACGUGGGCAAGGGUUGCGCGCAAGCCCUGCGCGGUUCCGGUGGGCGCGUCCUGGUGACGGAGAUUGACCCGAUCAACGCGCUCCAGGCAGCGAUGGAGGGCUACGAGGUGCAGACGAUGGAGGAGGCGAGCAAGGAGGCGCAAAUCUUCGUCACCACGACCGGCUGUACCGAUAUCAUCAUGGGCGAGCACUUUCUCAACAUGCAGGACGACUCGAUCGUGUGCAACAUCGGGCACUUCGAUUGCGAGGUGGACGUGUCCUGGUUGGAGCAGAACGCGACGGAAAAGGUCAACAUCAAGCCACAGGUCGACCGGUACCGGCUCGCGAACGGCAACCACAUCAUACUGCUUGCCGAGGGCCGCCUAGUGAACCUCGGGUGUGCCAUGGGCCACUCCAGUUUCGUGAUGUCGAACUCGUUCACGAACCAGGUGCUGGCCCAGAUCGAGCUGUGGACCAACCGGGACCAGUACGCGGUGGGUGUGCACGUGCUACCGAAGAAGCUCGACGAAGAGGUGGCCGCCCUGCACUUGGACAAGCUGGGCGUCAAGCUGACCAAACUCACCGCUCGGCAGGCCGACUACCUGAACCUACCGGUCGAUGGACCGUACAAGCCGGACCACUAUCGCUACUAGAUUCAGCCGGUCCACGUAUGACGGAGACGCGAAGACCAAAUCAACUCGGGCCAUCCACUUUAAGGCUCGCCAGCGAAUUUCAGUCGAGACGUUCGAGAGACAUCACGUACCUCUGUUAAUCGUUUUAACAAAAGUUUUCCUAUAAAAACUCAACAAU